ACGUAAGGUGCGUCCUUUAACACUGAAGGAUUUUAGCCGGUGAGUCUCCGUGAGGCUCCGUGGUUCCCCGUAGGCUUUGUGGCACGAGAUGACAAUGAUGCCGCAUCAGAUCCCGGAGUUCAUGUCUGUAUUCAUCCCUCUCAUCCUGACUUUGUCCUUGAUUGCACAUGGACAAGACGCUGUCGCCAGAGUGGUGGUUAAAGAGGGGAGAGAUGCUGUGUUACCCUGCUCCCCCAGCACCAGAGUGAACCUCCAAGAUAAACUGUUUGACUGGAAGAAGGUCGGUCAGGGAGGAGAGACUCUGCACGAGGUGUUCAUGUAUGAUUCUGCUGUUUAUUAUGCAAGUUAUGCAGGUCAGAGUGAUCAGUUUAAAGGACGAGUCUCACACUUUCAAACUGAACUGAAACAUGGGAACGCCUCCAUCAUCAUCAGGAAGACGAAGGUGAUCGACAGUGGAAACUACACCUGUGUGUUUCCACGUCUGCAGCCUCGUCAAGAAUUCUGCAUUCAGCUCCUUGUUGGCUGUGAUUCACCGUGCUUGAAAUUGGAGAACAAACACGGGGAAACUGCCGGGGCCGCUCCAGAGCCCUGCGCCUCGAUAGUUGACGUCACAAAGGACGGCGUGCUGCUGAAAUGUGACGUUCGAGGUGCUUUCCCGGAGCCUAGAGUAGAGUGGCAUGACGGUGAUGGGAACAUCCUUCCUACUGAGGAUUCACAGGUAUCAAAGAGAGGAGGCCGCUAUACCGUUACCAUCCGAACCACUGUGAGCAAGACUCCAACCAACCGCUUCCACUGCGUCGCCACUCAGCAGCUGAUCGGCCACCGGAUCCAAGCUGACAUCACCGUGUCAGAGAAACUGUUUGAGAAAACAUUCAGCAAAGCGGAAGUCACGGGAUGGUUCUUUGGUGGAUUCAUUUUGGCUGCUGCAGUUGUUGCUCUGCUUGUACUUAUAAAGUUCAUCAGAAAGCGCAGUUCUGCAGCUGACCUAUGAAGGUGUGUGGGUGUGUGUGUGCGCGCACGGACUUCUUCUCACUGUGUUCCCUCCAGGGAACUCCACUCUAUUGGCUGGCGCUCAAACACUGUGAUCUGUUAGUAGUUGACCAAUCACAACAGAGCCGGUCACCAAUCAGAGCAGACUGGUCUGGAUAUCCCCGCUGAUGCCUGCCUUGAGUUGCCUUUAUGUGUUGGGUGUACAAAUAUGUAUUUUUAUUUGAAACUGUAUUUCCUGCAGCUUUAUCCAGGAAUCCCUGCAUGGAGUGAUCCAAAAGAAGGAAAAGUACAAACCAAAGGAUCAGUGUGUGCCUCUGGUCAGCAGGUGUCAGUGUUGUUACAGUAAAAAGCACUCCAGAGUGAGCCAGGCUACAGAGCAUCCUGUUUGGGCUUUAACUUUAUCUUUAGCUAUCUCCCUGGAGCUGUUUAGUUCAACAAUGAAUCACCCUACUGACGAUUGCAAUUAGAUCUACAUGUGAAGGAACAGUAUUGCUACAACUUUGCACACUUGUGUAAUGUAUGUUAUGUUAUGUUAUGUUAUGUUAUGUUAUGUUAUGUUAUGUUAUGUUAUGUUAUGUUAUGUUAUGUUAUGUUAUGUUAUAUGUACAAUGCUAUUUAAAAUCUGAAUGUAUUAAGUAAGAGGUAAUAAUAUAUAUAAUUCACCAAUGACAAUAUUACAAAGUAUGUUGUUUUAUUUUUGCAAAUGAAAGGAUCAACAUGCAUCAACAUGUGGAAAUGUUUUCCAUCAGGUGGAUCUAUGGGUUUGUAGGAACCCUGAAAGAAAAUGAAUUGUAAAUAAAACACAUUUCUUAAA